GCACUGUGAACAAGUCGGCCGGGGUCUUGAAGGUCGGCUGCAAGGGUGUUCUUCAACGGGCGGGCCCACUGGUAAGCCGCUGCGCCUGCACUCUGCAGUGGCCCAGCCGAGACUCUUGACAAGGUGACGUUAACUUCGGCAGGCUCCAGCCCGAUACAGGAGCUCUCUAAUAUAUAACUUCAAUGCCUCAGAUCCGAGCCGAAUCAUUUCGUCCCUCCGCUUGUGCCAACCAACGUUUAAAGGACAGCCAAUACUCUGGGAGGGCUUCCCCAAUCAUGUACUGCCAGAAAUGUCGUACCCCGCUUAAGCUCGACAGCUCGCUGGAGGACUUGAACCCGGCGGCUUAUGAUCUACUGGUCGCUACGCAUUCUCAGCAACCCCCGAGGAAACCAUCUACUCCUAGGACACUACACUCUCAGGACCGGACGAGGAAAGCGACAUACGACCGAGCUGCUCGAAAUGCCGCCCUGCCAACCUUCAAGAGACACAGCGCGCCUGGCAAAGCCGAUGGCCAUCUUCGCGACAACUCCAUGUCCUUCGUACUCCUGACCGAUUCCCAAAUUGCCCCGUCUCACCUGCCAUUGCCCAGGACCCAGAAUGCCCAAGAUGCUGCGCCGUCACCGGCGAGCGGCCUGGAUGGCGCCGCCGAGGACGACGAUGCGACCAAGUCGUACGAGAUGGAGCGCAUUACUAAACUGUUCGAGAUACUCUCGGCGCGUUCCGACAUAGAUCACCCGGUUUGCGUCGAGUGCACCGAACUACUUCUCGAGGAACUACAGAAGAAGCUCGAGACCACGACACGAGAACGUGAUGCGUACGUUGCGUUCCUCAAGGAAGCACAAAGCAACGCGCCGACCGACGAGGAACUACGAGCACGGGAGGAGACUCUUGAAAAAGCCCGAGUUGCCGAAGGAGCUGCAAGGGAAGAACUGCGCCAACUCGAGCAAGAAAAGGAGUCGCUAGACAAAGAGCUGCUUGCCCUAGAAGAAGAGAGCAGGCAGCUAGACGCAGAGGAAGAAGCCUUUUGGCGUGAACGCAACGCUUUUGCAAGUCGGCUGGCCGACUUCCAGAACGAGCGCGACAGCAUCAACAGCAAAUUUGACCACGACUCGCGGCAGCUCGAGAAGCUGCAGCGCAGCAACGUGUACAACGACACCUUCUGCAUCAGCCACGACGGCACCUUUGCCACCAUCAACGGCCUCCGCCUUGGCCGGCUGUCCAGCAAACCCGUAGAUUGGCCCGAGAUCAACGCAGCCUGGGGCCACGCCUUGCUCCUGCUCGUCACCGUCGCCGACAAGCUGGGCUACCGCUUCGAGGGCUACGAGCCGCAGCCGAUGGGCUCGACCUCGCGAAUCAUACGCUACGACCAGCCCUCUCCAUCGUCAAGUCGACUCGGAAGGGGUGGGGAUGCACGAGACGCAGGCAGCAACAGCAACGCGACAGCAGGCCGUACCGCCCCGCCGCCACCGCCCAAACGCCAUGUCCUCGAGCUCUUCUCAAGCGGCGACAUGCCCCUCGGCCUGACCUUUAUGCACCGCAAGUUUGACAACGCCAUGACGGCGUUUCUGGAGCUCGUGCGGCAGCUGGGAGCGCACGUGCAGGCGCAGACGGCGGCCGAGGGCACGCCCCUGAGCCUGCCGUACCGCAUCGAGGGCGACAAGAUUGGGGAUGUCAGCAUCAAGCUUGGCAUUGCGCAGGACGACGGCUGGACCAAGGCGUGCAAGCUGACGCUGACGUGCUGCAAGUUUUUGCUGGCGCACGCGAGCAACGUGAGCUCCGCGUCGAAUGGCCGCGGUGCGGGGGCCUAAUCCAUAUACAAUUGCCCGAAAACUUGGCCUAUGAGAUUUUGCAGGACUCGUGACAGAAGCGUGGGUUUAGUUAGGGGUUUGCAUUUGACGGUGGUUAUAUAGCGUGGCGUUGGUCGGCAGAGAAUGAUCACUUCAGAACUGGGGUAACAAACGCGGACGGAUAAGAAACUGGGAUUGCUGUCUGAGUGAAAUGAUUUCGCAAACUCAGACGGUAAAUUAUAGGAACUACCUCAUCAUCAUUAGUAGCGAACAUAGGACCAUAUAGAAAUCCCAUCCCACUCUAAUUCCAUAGAGCUUAGCUUCAAAGAAAUAUCGAAGGAG